AUGUCCAAAGCACUAGAUGACAAGGUGGUGGUAUUGAUCGGCUUCGAUUCCUGCAGUAUCCAAGGAAAUCCACUCCCAGGGAAACAGGGACAAAUGCCCGAUGCAGUCUGCGCUGCAGAAUUUGAAAAUUAUGGCUCUUGGUUUGAGGAUGCUGCGCGAAAGCCUGGGCCAAGAAUGAAAGAUGGAGGCCUUUGA